AUGGAUGUGAUCAAGUACCUGCCACCUCGAGUCGGCCGGUGGUUUAACAUCAGGGAUGUUCUGCUCGCUGCAGCGCUCAAUGGCCACGCUGAAGCGACCGACUUCCUGCUGCCAAUGAGCUUUUUGUUGGGAGACUUGACCGGGUUGACGCAACGGGUGAUCAAGCAAGGCCACCUCAACGUCGUUGACUUGCUGGUUCAGAGCGGACGGACCGAGUUUCAUCCAUUGUUGCCUACUGCAGCAGGAACGGGCUCGUUUGAGAUGGUGGAGUAUCUGCUGCCCAUGUGCGACGUGGAAAGUAUCAGCGCGGCAGUUGGCCCCGCUGCGAAGCACGGUCACGUUGACAUGGUGAAGUUCCUGCUCGAGCGCGGAGACGUGGAGCGUAUUGGAUCAGCAUUCGUCCAGGCAGCCUCCAUGAACCAGGUGGAGACGAUGGAGCUGCUUCUCGACGCCUGGGAGACAAGGUCGUCCAAGGCCGAAGCCAAACUGAGAGCGAUCCCCGCUGCUGUGAAGGAGGCGGUGUUGCUAGGCCACCUCGAGGUGGUAAAACUGCUGGCUGAUAGGUGCGACCCCAAGCUGAUUGACCCUGCGUUAAGGCUUGCAGUGGUGAAGAACAACGUCGAGAUUGCCAAAGUGCUGGCGAAUGUGAGCACGCAACAUGCUAUCGCUCAUCAAGCAGCCACCGCAGCAUCACGUCGUUGCCUAGAAUGA